AUGCAGACGUCUGCUGCUUGUGGAGAGGAGGAGAGGAAGGAGAUAGAGGAAACGAGAGAGAAGAAACAUAGUGCGAGGGAAGCGAGACCUCCCCAGAAAGAAGAGGGUGUGGCUCGUACUUGUGACCAUGAGCAAGAGCAGGGGCAGGGGAAGGAACAGGAGCAGGAGCAGGAGCAGGAGCAGGAGCAGGAGCAGGAGCAGGAGCAGGAGCAGGAGCAGGAGCAGGACGAGAAGCAGGAGCAGGAGCAGGAGGAGCAGGAGCAGGAGCAGGAGGAGCAGGAGCAGGAGGAGAACGAGGAGGAGGAGGAGGAGGAGCAGGAGGAGGAGCAAGAGAAGCAGGAGCAGGAGCAGGAGCAGGAGCAGGAGAACGAGGAGGAGCAGGAGGAGGAGGAGCAGCAGCAGCAGCAAGAGCAGCAGCAAGGUGGCUACCUCGCUGCUGCGGCGAAGUUGAUGCGAGCUGGAAAGGUUUCGCUCCUCUCUGAGAGUUUGACGGACAUCUUCCAGCUCGUGCCUGAAGGAGAUAUAGACAAGAAGAAUGAAGUUGAAGAGGACGAGGAAGACGAGGAGGACGAGGACGAGGACGAGGACGAGGACGAGGACGAGGAUGACGAGGAGCACGAGCACGAGCAGGAGGAUGAGGAGCAGGAGCAGGAGCAGGAGCAGGAGCAGGAGCAGGAGCAGGAGCAGGAGCAGGAGCAGGAGCAGGAGGACGAGGACGAGGACGAGGACGAGGACGAGCAGCAGCAGCAUUGGCAGGAUACCUUAGGCAGGCAGGCAGGCAAGCAGGUGAAUGGAAAGGCCUACGAGUACGAGUACGAGAACGAGUACGAGUACGAGUACGAGUACGAGUACGAGUACGAGUACGAGUACGAGUACGAGCUCACUCCCUCUUGUUGUCUCCCACCUCUCAGCUCUUGGUUAUCCGACUCGAGCUUUGCAAGCAUCUGA